AUGUCAUUUCAUCACUUGCAGGUUCAGGAUUCAUUUCCCUUCUCCAUUGGAUUUACAUCAGGUGAAGGUCCAAUCAGCACGGUGUCCAAUGGAGUGUUAUUUCCAAAAGGUCAUCCAUUUCCUAGUGUUAAGAUGCUUACAUUGCAUAGAAGUAAUACUUUCCAUAUAGAAGUCUUCUGCUCUGACCAAAAUGAAUUGCCUCCCGACACUUCACCUAAAAUCAGCAAAUUUACGAUUGGCCCAUUUGAAGUUUCCAACAGUAAGCAGACUAAGGUCAAAGUUAAAGUUCAGCUAAACCUUCACGGAAUUGUUACUGUAGAGUCAGCCUCACUUAUAGAAGACUCCUGGAAUGAUUCUACUGUAAGAAGUGAUUCUCAUUUGACUUCAGAGAAGGCGAAGGCUGACAAUGGUGUGUCUUCUGAUGUAGCAAAUGGUUCUGAUGAUACUCAUUUUACACACUCCAAUGCUUCAUCUACAUCUGGUGCUGAUGAGAUGAAAAAGGGAAAAGUCCGGAGGCAGGAUAUACCUGUUAGUGAGAGUGUUCAUGGUGGCAUGACAAGGGCUGAGCUCUCACAAGCUCAAGAAAAAGAACUUCAGUUGGCCCAGCAAGACAUAAAGGUGGAGCAAACUAAAGAAAAGAAAAACACCCUGGAGUCUUAUGUCUACGACAUGCGCAAUAAGAUUUUUCAUACAUACCGGAGCUUUGCAACGGACUCAGAAAAGGAAGGGAUCUCUAGGACCCUACAACAGACAGAGGAGUGGCUCUAUGAGGAUGGAGAUGAUGAAUCUGAGCAUGCCUAUACUGAGAAGCUAAAGGAUCUUCAAAGGUUAGUGGAUCCUGUUGAAAAUCGAUAUAAAGAUGAAGAAGCUCGGUCAGAAGCAACUAGGGAUUUAUUAAAUUGCAUUGUAGAAAAUCGGAUGGCUGUGGGACAACUUCCUGCCAACCAGAGAGAUGUUGUAAUCAAUGAAUGCAACAAAGCUGAGCAGUGGUUGCGAGAGAAGACUCAACAGCAGAAUUCUUUGCCAAAGAGUGCCGAUCCAGUAUUGUGGUCAAGUGAAAUCAAAUGCAAAACAGAGUCUCUUGAUGCGUUGUGCAAACAGCUAAGGAGAUCCAAGGCAUCACCCACAAAACCAGAGGACGAUGUGGACUUGGAUAAGAAAAAAACAACAUGCGAGUAG